CCCGGCUCCGCGUUGCUCCCGGCCCCUGGCCCUCGGCCCUCGGCGCCCCGCCCGCCGGUCCUGCCCCGCCCGGAGCGGCGCGAGGACGGCCGAGCGCAGGUGCUGUCUGCAGGAGCCGUGGGGAGAGCCAUGCGCGGGAGCCUUUGACACCAUGAUGUCCGUCAGGCAAAGAAAAGGGGCCAAAGCCACAGAGGCGCCGGAAGAUGGCGGGGCCCAGCAGGAGACCGCGACGCUGGAACACACAUCACCGGCAGACGGUGGCACCAGGGAGAGAUUCUGGAAGACCCUGUCGCUCGCAGCCGGCGGGGCCGUGGCCCUCUGCGCUGGGGUGCUGACGGCCGUCUACCUGGCCACCCUGCACGAGAACGACCUGUGGUUUUCGAACAUUAAGGAGGUGGAGCGGGAGAUCUCCUUCCGGACCGAGUGCGGCCUGUACUACUCCUACUACAAGCAGAUGCUGCAGGCGCCCAGCCUCCUGCACGGUUUCCAUGGCUUAAUGCACGAUAACAAAACUGAAUCUAUGAGGACAAUUAACCUCCUUCAACGAAUGAAUAUUUACCAAGAGGUUUUCCUCAGCGUUCUAUAUAAAGUGCUGCCCAUACAGAACCGCGUGGAGCCUGUCUACUUCUACAUUUACACCUUGUUCGGGCUGCAGGCCGUGUACGUGGCCGCCCUCUACGUCACCAGCUGGCUCCUGAGCGGCACGUGGCUGGCGGGGCUGCUGGCCGCCUGCUGGUACGUCGCCAACAGACUCGACACCACCAGGGUGGAGUUCACCGUCCCGCUGCGGGAGAACUGGGCGCUGCCCUUCUUCGCGGUCCAGGUGGCGGCUGUCACGCACUUCCUGAGACCGAACCUGCGGCCUCUGUCUGAAAGGCUGACCCUUCUUGCCAUUUUCACGUCGACCUUUGUCUUCAGCCUGACGUGGCAGUUCAACCAGUUCACGAUGCUGCUGCAGGCACUGGGGCUGUUCGUCCUGGACUCCCUGGACAUGCUGCCGGCCCAGAAGGCGACACGGCUGUACGUGAUUCAGGUCGCGGCUUUGCUCCUGGUCUGCGCCCUUCAGUUCUUCAAUUCCAUGAUUCUUGGAUCGCUGCUUAUCAGCUUUAACCUCUCAGUGUUAACUGUGAGAAGGCUUCAGAAAAAUCUGAAAACUGGAAACUUCCUUACCAGGCUCAGGAAACUGUCACUACACGUACUUGCGGUCUUAUGUUUGACAUUUCUGCUCAAUAACAUCAUUAAGACGGUUCUCAGCCUGAAGUCGGAUGAACACAUAUUUAAGUUCCUGAAAGCGAAAUUCGGCUUCGGAGCAACAAGGGACUUCGAUGCCAACCUGUACCUGUGUGAAGAGGCCUUCGGCCUCCUGCCCCUGAACACCUUCGGGCGGCUGUCGGACACGCUGCUGCUCCACGCCCACGUGUUUGUCCUGGGCGUCACGGCGCCCACCGCGCUGGUGGCCGCGCUCCGCAACCUCAGGGGGUCCCCAGGCCAGCCCGCCCCGGGUCGGACGGGACCCGGCACCCUCCACCUGAGACCAGAGACUGCCUACCACCUAAUACACACCAUUUUGUUUGGAUUCUUGGCACUGAGCACCAUGAGGAUGAAGUACCUGUGGACGCCGCACCUGUGCGUGUUCGCAGCCUCCGGCCUGUGCAGCGCGGACGUGUGGGGGCCGCUCCUGAGGGCCGCCCGCCUGUACACCCCGGCGCGGAUGUGUGUAAUGCGGUAUUCAGUCCCGACGUUAAUACUGCUCUGUCUGUGCUAUAAGUUCUGGCCAGGAAUGAUGGAUGAGCUGUCCGAGUUGAGGGAAUUCUAUGACCCAGAUACAGUGGAGCUGAUGGACUGGAUUAACGCGAACACCCCGGGGACCGCAGUGUUUGCGGGGAGCAUGCAGCUGCUGGCGGGAGUCAAGCUGUGCACGGGCCGGACCCUCACCAACCACCCGCACUACGAGGACAGCGGCCUGCGAGCUCGGACCAAGGCGGUCUACCAGAUAUACGCGAAGAGGCCCCCGGAGGAGGUCCACGCCCUGCUGCGGGCCCUGGGCACCGACUACGUCAUCCUGGAGGACAGCAUCUGCUACGAGCGGAGGCACCAGCGGGGCUGCCGGCUGCGGGACCUGCUGGACGUGGCCAACGGACAUGUGAUGGACGGCCCCGGUGGGAACGACCCAGACCUGCGCCAGGCAGCCCACCCGCGCUUCUGCGAGGAGGUGAGGAGGGGCCUGCCGCCCUACGCGAAGCUCUUCACACGCGUCUUCCAGAACAAGACCUUCCACGUCUACAGGCUGGCCAGGGGCCCGUGACAGCCCCUGCUCCGUCCCCGGCGUCCAUGCGUGGCGCCCCGCGACGAGCCGCAGCAGACCGCGUGGCGCGUGGCGUUCGGAGGCCCGGAUGCGGACGCUGCCGCUCGGGCGCGGUCUUCAGGUGCCUGCCCAGCCGUCCCCUUCCUUGUUCUCGGCCUCCUCCCAGCGACCGAGGGUUCCGUGGCCGGGGACAGCCCGAGCAGCCCGCUUCACGCCGGGAGCCCACAGCCUGGGCAGGGCCUGAAACCCUCUGGACUCGCCGCCGACUCGCGGCAGCGCCGGCCGCGGCGCGUUGUGGGCGCGGGACUACGUCGCUGACUGUCAUUUCACUAGUGAAGACCAGUUGGUGGCUUUUUAAAAGUUCUUUAUUGCCCAGUUUCACCUAGAAAUUUUAUAAUGUUUUCCAAUUAUCAUGCUUUUAAUAUUUCAAACAAAAUCAUGUUAGGUCUUUGUAACUAAAUGCGCUCUGUCUGAAAUGUACUGUGUGGCGCACGUCAUGCACUGCGUGUGCCUGUGCGUGUUCCUGCUGGACGCGGGAGAAUUUCAGGGUCCACACCGCAGGUCUAGAGGGCGGAGCUCUGUGUGUGCUCGUGUGUGGUCGCUGUUCAGUGUUGCCAUUUUAACACCUGUGAUUCCAUUUAACUGAUCCUGCGAGAAAGGUCACAUCUCUUUAUUUCUUACUUGUUUAAACGGACUGGGUUUGCAAAAUUUUGUAAACGUUUUGUUUUUAGCCUUUGUAUUUUUUACAGCCUAGAACCUUGCAAAAUCGGAAUAUUUUUAAAAUAUCGUACCUUCACGAACGCGUUAGCACAGUAUUUUUGGCAGGGAGCAUCCUCCGACCAAGCCCGGCCGUGGUCUCACUGUGAGGGCCUGGCGCUGGGCUUCUGGUCGCCCAAACCCAGAGCCCACCCUCCUGCCUGCUUGUCAACGACCAGAGCGUUCUGUGCGCCCGCCCCAAAGGCCUGACGGUUGCCUUCGUAAGUAAUUCCUAAGGACGGGGACGUGUGAAAGUUGCUGGUAAAAGCACGUGGUGCGUUUGGUUAAAGUCACGAUGGCUGAGGAGCUCAGCCUUCCGCCCGGAGGGCCCCGCAGCUGCAGGAAGUGAAUUACCGCUGCGCCGGUGGCUUUGAGCGGUCACUACUCACCAAGCAGUGUUCUGCAGCAGGCUGGACAGGCCUUUGGACUUGAGGGUACUCGGCUUUUAUCAAAACUUAUUUAAAUAAAAACUGGCAGCA